UUCCAUUUCCCCAAAUUUAAUUUCAUGAGCUUCUUCAGCUUCACGCUACAGUUAAAAAGAUGGCUUCAAUCUCUUCCCGCUGGUGGGAACUCUGCGAAUCUCGCCGGAACUUCAUUUUUUCUCUAUUUCCUUCAGAGAAAGUUCUAAGCUAUUGCUAAUCAAGCGACGAAACUUAAAUCUGGCGUCCGAUAUCUGGAAGCGACUUUUCGCGCCAAGAAGCAGAAGAUCUGCUCCAAUUCUUCCUAUCAUUCGUCUUGCUCGGCAAUUCAAUCAAACAAUGGAAUUUAUCAAUCCUUUCAAGCUCUGUUCCGGCCUCAAGUUCCUUGGCUACUUCAUGAUUCUCUUGGUUUUUGCCAUCGUUGCAGUGUCCUACGAUGCGGUUGUUGUCCUCACCUGGGGACCCAAAUUACUCAUGGGUGGCUUCCGCUCCUUCCUCGCCUUCUCCAUCAUCAUUUUGUUUCAUGUUCUGCUUUUACUCUUGUCAUGGAGCUAUUUUAUGGUAGUCCUUGAAGAUCCUGGUUCUGUACCGGCAAAUUGGGUAUUGGCAAGUGAAGCAGAGAAUAUGGAGGCUGGUAGUUCGUCAUUGCCGGAACAUGGGCCAACGGGGGAUGCCACUUAUUCCUCUUUAGAUGGUGCUGGGAGAAGGUCUACAGCCUAUUGUCGUCAAUGCCAAAAUGGAAAACCACCACGUUGUCAUCAUUGCUCUGUUUGUCAAAGAUGUGUUCUUAAGAUGGAUCAUCAUUGUAUUUGGGUGGUGAAUUGUGUUGGAGCACGCAACUACAAAUUCUUUCUUCUUUUCUUGCUGUACACAUUCUUGGAGACGACAAUGGAUACACUUGUUUUGCUGCCUAGUUUUAUCAAAUUUUUUGACGAAGCUAAGAGUCACUCUGGUUCUCCUGCCAAUCUUGUUAUCCUUUUUUUAGCUUUUGUUCUUAAUUUAGCCUUUGCACUCAGUCUCCUUUGUUUCGUAGUUAUGCAUGCAUCUCUUCUGAUGAGCAACACAACAUCAAUUGAGGUUCACGAGAAGAGAAGAGCAGUUCAAUGGAUGUAUGACCUAGGCAAGAAGAAAAAUUUUGAGCAGGUAUUCGGGACGAAGGCAGCACUGUGGUUUUUCCCAUUGUUUUCGAAGGAGGAUUUGGAGAAAAUUCCUGCACUUCGAGGCUUGGAAUUCCCAAUUCGUUCUGGCAUGGAGUCUUGACACAUUUUUCUCGGUGGGCGAUCGUGAUCCAAGGAUGAAACUAAAGAAGAAAUUCUGUCCAUGGAAUUGCAGAAACUGGAGAUGGAAACAGAGAUCAAAACGAAGAUGGGAGCAAUCAUCAAAACGAGACUAAAAGGUACCAUCCACUGUUGCUUCUGUGAUCUAUGGAAUCGAACUGCCCACCAACCCAUUAAAAACGCCCCUGACACACUCACCAAAACUAAUACCACACAUCCCCACACAGCCUUAAGCUUUCUGUUCUUCUGUUUCUUCUGUUCUCCCUCCCCCUUCAUCACAUCUUCAAUUUCUAUUCCCACCUGCAUUUCUCAAAAGAACAGGAAGAAGAAGAAUCUCAAAAAUGAUUCAUUGGAAGAAACUCCAAUUAGCUCUGCUAGAUUUAAGGGAAAAAACCCAUGCUGUGAUUGAAGAUACUGGAGAGAGAUUUUCAGAGAGAGAGAAAGAGACUGGGAGGAGGAGAUUUUGGUAGUAAAAUAAGGGAAUCGCAUUGAGUAUAUCGUCACGCGUGGCUUAUCCAAGUUGGUUUUGUCAAUUAAAGGAAUAUAAAUAUAAACAAAAAAAAAAAAAAAGGAUUGGCAUUUGUUGGCAGGCAUCAGUAAUUGGCGUAGCUUGUAUCUGGGGUAGAGUUUGAUUGAUUUAUUGCCUUUGAUGACAUUAUGUGCCACUGCACCCACCUGGCUACUGCCCCCUUUCUUCAUUAUUGUUUCUUCUCACCUCUCAUGCAACCCAACCCCAGCUUCUACUCAUAGCUUUAAUUGCUCUUCAUUCAUAUGUCUGAAUGUGUAUUUAAGGUUUCAUUAAUUUUUAAAGUCUACUCAUAAAUGAAAAUAAAUACAUAUCACUAUACAAGUAA